ACGCCUCCGCCCCCCGGCUGACAGAGGAACCUGUUCUCCGUCCUGUCUGUCUGUCGGAUAAAAAUCCAGCCGGAGACUUUUCUGCUGCAGCACCAAACGACAUUUCAUCACCUUUUUAUUAUUAUUUUUCUUUUACUUUACGUUACUUUUUGUUGGUGGGAAAAAUGGCGCAGCGUUCGGCCGUCGUGGAGGAAUGUGGCGUUUUCCCCGUCGUGGCUUCGCGGUUCCCCGGUGACCAUGGGCUCUGAGAACGAGGUGCUGAUGAAAGAAUAUGCGAAGAUGCUGACGGACAUGAUCGUGCUCUGCUUCACCCUCGCCCUCUCCCUCCUCUUCUGGCUGCUGUCGCUCUCCAUCAGCUCCUACUACGGCACGCUGCAGCCCGUGUCACCAUGGCGAUGGCUGUUCUCCAUCCUGGUUCCUCUGGUGCUGACGCUCCGAGCCUUGAAGAGGCGCAGCCUGGACCGAACGGGAGCGCUGGGAGCCCUGCUGGUGGGCUUCGUCCUGACCAUGGCCAACUACAGCUUCUUCUCCUCCCUGCUCGCCUUCUUCCUCACCUCCUCCAAGCUGACCCGCUGGGGAGGAGCCAAGAAGAAGAAGAUCGACCCCGACUACAAGGAAGGUGGCCAGAGGAACUGGGUCCAGGUGUUCUGUAACGGAGGCGUGCCCACAGAGGUGGCUCUGCUCUACAUGAUAGAGGUCGGUCCUGGCGAGAUCCCCAUCGACUUCGGGAAGCAGUACUCGGCCUCCUGGAUGUGUCUGUCUCUGCUGGGCGCCCUCGCCUGCAGCGCCGGAGACACCUGGGCGUCGGAGGUGGGGCCGGUUCUCAGCCAAUCACAGCCCAGACUCAUCACCACCUGGAAGGAAGUCCCGGCAGGAACAAACGGGGGCGUGACCACGGUGGGCCUGGUCGCCAGCUUCCUCGGUGGGCUCGCAGUGGGCGUGGCUUACUUCAUAACACAAAUCCUAUUGGUCAACAACCUGCACCUGGCGGUCCCGCAGUGGCCAAUCAUGGUGUACGGGGGCGUGGCCGGCCUGCUGGGCUCGCUGCUGGACUCCUUCCUGGGAGCUCACAUGCAGUACUCAGGCUUUGACGCGAGCAUUGGGAAGGUGGUGAGUUACGAGUCGGCCACCACGCAGAGGAUCUGUGGGAAGCCCAUCCUGGACAACAACGCCGUCAACCUGUUCUCCUCAGUGCUCAUCGCGCUCAUGUUGCCGGGCCUCGCCUGGGGCAUGUGGCCCCGAUAGACACACACACACACUCACACACAUACCCACACACACACUCUCACACACACACACACACACACACACAGAAACAGCGCUGAAUGCACCUGAGACUGCCUGCUGAUUCUAGAAAGAAAAGAAACGAAAAAAAAAAAACAGACUGAUCUGUUGGUCACAGUGAAAAAGCAUAAAGGACUCACACACACACACACACACACACACACACACACACACACGCACACACACACACACACACACACGUGUACACACCCCCUUGCACUGCCUGCGUUGUUAGCCUGAUAGAGAGUGAGCCGUGUCCUCAGGUCGUGUCCAGGAUCUGAGAGCGGCUCGGCUCAAACGAGUUGAUCGGCCAAUCAGCACGAGGGACAGCAGCUGAUCCGUCUGUGGGAGGAUAAAGACGGAAAAACACGAGGAAACAGCAGAACCACUCGCGAGGACGGACGAAUAAAACGGAGGAGAAAAGAGCAUUUUGAAAUUUCCCGGCUCAUUGAAGGCGUGACCUGCAGAGGCCGUGUGGAGCUGGCAGCUGAUUGGCCGGUCAGGGUCCUCUCUCACUUCACUGUCCAAUCACAAGCCGGAGCGCCGUCAGCAGCUUUGGUGUCUCUUCAUUAUCGCAGAGCUCGUUUUCCCCGCCCCGUGACCUCAGAGGGGGCGGGGCUGUAACUGUGUGUGUGUGUGUGUGUGUGUGUGUGUUAGUCACACAGCGACAGAAGCUCCUGGGACAAAGGAAGGGCUCAUUUUUCACACCGCUUGGCCAGCAGGGGGCGUGGCAGUGGGCGGGGCCUCCCAGCAUGUCUUUGGCUACAGCAUCUAAACUUCUCUCACGGUUUGGGCCACGCCCCCUUUGCUUAAGGCCACACCCACUUUAUUUUGUUCUCCAGGGGGGGUCAUGUGACGUGUCGUCGGACUCGGCGCACCGCCGCCAACCAGCUGGUCGUCACGUGGCCACGCCCACUUCCUGUUGCGCUCUUUAUUUGCAGAUUCUGGACCAGCGGUUUGUUUCUGCUGAGGGGCAAAAUGUUGACGUGACUUGUCGCUGUGUUGCUAGCUGCUAGCCGCUAACGCGUCCAAGCGUCUCUGCUUCUUCCUACUUCUUUAUUUCCAUCCCAUAAUGCUCAGCGGCGCUGCGAGAGCCCGGCGAGGACCCCUGGGGGCCCCCGGACCACCACUUUGGUUCGGUGUGUGAAGAGCUCCCACUCUGCAACGUGGAUUUACAUCUUUACACGUCUGUUGGUACAGAGAAUGAACUGAUGUCGUUGCUUGUGUUUUGUCGCUGUAAUCCCAAAAAAGGUUUAAGAUAUUUAAUGACCAUGAAGUAACAACACGAGUUCGUACUGUGUGUUGAAUCAGAGGAAGAGGAAAGUUAAAAUGAUGUUGCAAAAAACGACAAAAUCUGUUUCCGUCUGCUGUGAACUUUUUCAAUUUUGAGAAAUAAAGUUUCAUCAGUGGCGUU